CUCCGGCUCUGCAGCCGCCACCUGUGCCUCGCGAAAACCGAAGGCUGAGCUGAAUCUCCGUUGCUGGGACUGUCUUCGGCGCCAGUCACAGGUGCUCGGGGUCCGAGCUGAAGCCUCCUUUUCUGCUCCCACUACGAAGUUAUCCCCCGGCCCUCUUCACGCGCUCAUCAGCCAUCCGGCUCUGCAGGCAGGCGACUCCGGCGGUCCCGGAGUGUGGUAUCUGCCUGAAGAGCCUUUUACUUUAAAAGGAAAGAUGCUGUCCCCACGUGAGAAAAAGCUAGAGAAGCUGGAUCCAUUUUAUCGGCCAUCAUUGUCAAGGCAGAAGACCAGUGCAGAAAUUAUAAGUGAGGCACGAAAUUCAUUACGGACAGUUAGGACUCAGAGACCAUUUACUCCACAAGAAGAUCAAAGAAAAUUGUUUGGACCCGCAUCUUCAAGAACACCUGAAAAUAGACCUCCUUCUUCUUUCAGCCUCCAUGCGUCCAGUUUUGAGUCGUCUGAUUGUAGGCCCAUCUCUGGAGCACGUCUCAGUCCACUAGAACUUAAACCAAAAGCUCCAGCCUCUCCAAACCCCGAGGAGGGCCCCUGCGCUUCCUAUCCUAGACCCCCCGUGGACCCUGCGAAGAUCCGCCGCAUCAGUAGCGCUCGAGCGCGCUUGUUCAGGGCGGCCUCCCAGGGUACUCUUCUGCCGGACAGGACCCUUCCUCCCGCCGAGCCAAAGAAGACAGUGGAAUCCAAAGAAACGAUUAUAAGGGGUGACUCUCUGGUGAAAAUUAAUGGGAUGUACUUAACAGAAUCACAUGCCAUGGACCACUUGAAGAGUCAGCCAUAUCAGCUAAGUUACAAUGGCGGCUUUGGUGAGAUUAAGGAACAAGAAAUGUUCAAAGGGGCAACAUCCUUGCCAUCUCGUCUUGGAAGUGGAGGGGACCCCAGCAAGAGGCAGGCAAGGACCUCAUCAUGUCCUAACAGCCCAAGCCUGAGCAGGCUGGAAACCAAAGCAGCCUCAAAAGCCAGCUUGCAAGAAACAGAUCCAGAAAUGGAAGGAGAGGAUGUCUUUUGGAAUACAAGGAUCGUGCCAAUUUUGCAUGAAUUAGAAAGCGAAAACAUCGAAACGGUCUGUGUGGCUUGCACACAACUUCAUCAUGCUUUAGAGGAAGGAAACAUGCUUGGAAAUAAGUUUAAGAGAAGAAGUGCUCUCCUGAAGACCCUCUAUAAACUAGUUGAUAUUGGCUCAGACUUGCUAAGCCUUAAACUUGCAAAACUUAUCCUAGCACUUAAAGUGAGUAGGAAGAAUCUUCUUACUGUCUGCAAACUUAUAUUUAAAAUUAGCAGAAGUGAGAAGAAUGAUUCUCUGAUACGAAAUGACAGCAUUCUGGAAUCAUUAUUGGAGGUCCUCAGAAGUGAAGACAUACACACUAAUACCGAAGCUUUUUUAUACUGUAUGGGAACUAUCAAAUUUAUUUCUGGAAACCCGGAAUUUCUUAAUGAAGUGAUCAACAAAGGUGCUGUGGAAAUAUUGAUGAAUUUGGUAAAGCAAAUUACUGACAACACCAAAGAAUGUGGUACCUGUUUGCCUAAUUCAGGACACUUAUUAGUCCAAAUGACUGCAACACUGAGACACUUGGUUGAUUCUCCGAUAGCAAGAAGUAAGUUGCUGAGCAUUGGUGCUUUCCCUGAGCUAUGCACAGUGAUGGAGCAGUGCCUGGAUGACAAGGAUAUCUGCACCAAUAUCGCCAGAAUAUUCAGCAAACUCACUACUUACCAUGACUGCUGUGUGGCCUUGGCUAAUUAUCCCAGAUGUCAUGCCUUGUUUUUGAAUUCGAUAAACAAACACCAGCAGAAGCAGGAUUUAGUCGUUCGGAUUGUUUUUAUCCUUGGCAACUUGACAGCGAAAAACAAUCAGGCUCGGGAACAGUUUUCCAAAGAGAAAGGGAGCCUCCCAACACUGCUGUCACUGUUCCGUGCCUUCUCCCAGCCAGACCUGCAUUUCUCUGGGCUUUGCGACGAAGGCCGAGAGCUGCCCAAGGCAAGGGCCCAGGCCGAGGAUGUGCUCAUCAAGCUGACCCGUGUCCUGGCCAACCUCGCUAUCCAUCCGGCCAUCGGGUCGGCCAUGGCCGCCAACCCGCACAUAGUGCGCCUGCUCCUGUCCACGCUGGAGAACAAGUCAAUCGAUGAUUGUGAGGAGCUGGUGAUCAAUACAACAGCAACAAUCAACAACUUAUCUUACUACCAAGUGAAGAAUUCCAUCAUUGAAGACAAAAAGUUGUAUGUUGCUGAAUUGCUCCUAAAGCUUCUUCUGAGCAGCAACAUGGAUGGAAUCCUGGAAGCCGUGCGUGUCUUUGGGAAUCUCUCCCAGGACCGUGACAUCUGCGAUUUCAUUGUGCAGAAAAAUGUCCACAAGUUCUUGAUCGCCCUACUGGAUGCCAAGCAACAGGAUAUCUGCUACUCUGCCUGCGGCGUCCUCCUCAAUCUCACCGUGGACAAAGACCGGCGAGUCAUCCUGAAGGAAGGAGGGAGCAUUAAAAAGUUAGUGACUUGUUUGAGAGAGUUCGGCCCCACUGAUUGGCAGCUGGCCAGCUUGGUUUGCAAAACCUUGUGGAACUUCAGUGAAAAUAUCACCAACGCCUCUUCCUGUUUUGGAGACGAAGAUGCCAACACUCUCUUGGUUCUGCUAUCGUCAUUUUUAGAUGAAGAACUGGCAUUGGAUGGCACUUUUGACCAAAAGUUAAAAACUUAUCACAAACUCCACUGGGAAACAGAAUUCAAACCUGUGGCACAACAGCUUCUGCACCGAAUUCAGACUCACCACAGCUUCUUGGAACCACUGCCUGUCCCUUCUUUCUAGCAGAUAUAGAUCGUCACAGGAAGUCAGGUCUCCAUUCAAAAGUGGUAACAAGCCUGAAGUUUUUGUUCAGUAUUAAUAUGGAAAGUUUUUCAGGAAUUGAAUUAAGGGAGUAGUCUUAAGUAUUUUAAAAGAAAUUAGCAUUUCUUCUUGUUUAGGUAUAGAAAAAAUGAAUAUAUGUUUAAUUUCUGCUAUGAGAAAUGUAAAAUGCAAAUACAUACUU